AUGUCGGCGAUCCCCAAAGCAGGAGUGCGCACAUUUUCUACUUCUAUAAGGCAUUCAAAGCCACCUACGGCGGUCGUGAUGAUGAACAUGGGCGGCCCCGCGGACCUUGACGAGGUAAACCCAUUUUUGACGCGUCUCUUUCUGGACCGUGACCUGAUGCGCCUUCCAUUCCAGUCACGACUAGCGCCCAUGAUUGCUACACGAAGAACAUCGAAAGUGCGCGAUCAGUACGAUCAAAUUGGUGGCGGCUCGCCCAUCCUGCGCUGGACGCGCACGCAAGGGGACGCAAUGGCCAAGAUGCUGGACGAGCUGAACCCCGCUUCGGCUCCGCACAAGGCGUACGUUGCGUUUCGCUACGCAAGUCCUUUGACAGAAGAGUGCAUGAAUGAAAUGGAGGCCGACGGUGUGCAACGUGCCGUCGGCUUCUCCCAAUAUCCGCAAUACAGCUGCAGUACAACGGGCAGCAGCUUGAAUCAGUUGUACCGCGAGAUCAAGCAGCGCGAAGAGGCUGGAACGCCAGGCGGUGAUAUCCAGUGGUCCAUCAUUGAUCGAUGGCCCACACACGCUGGACUUAUCCAAGCGUUUUGCAACAGGGUCAAGGAGGGGCUCGCAAAGUUUCCCGCCGCUGUCCGCGAACAAGUGCCCAUUAUGUUUAGCGCACACUCGCUCCCGAUGCAGGUUGUAUCGGGGCGUGGUGAUCCAUACCCUGCGGAGGUGGCAGCGACCGUGGCCGCCGUAAUGCAAAAACUCGGAUGGAAGAACCCAUACCGCUUGACGUGGCAGAGUCAAGUGGGUCCGUCAGCGUGGCUCGGCCCGCAAACCAGCGACACACUUAAGGGCUGGGCGAAGCAGGGCCACAAGAACGCGCUCGUAGUUCCCGUUGCGUUCACUAGCGACCACAUCGAGACGUUGUUCGAGCUGGAUAUCGAGCUGCAAGAGGAUGCCCACAAGUUUGGCAUACAUUUGGAACGCGCACCGUCACUGAACGACGAGCCUGUAUUUUUGCGGGCACUGGCAGAUAUCGUGAGCGAGCAUCUCUACUCGUGCGAGUAUACAAAAGACGGCGGAAAUGCACAUGCUGGUGUGCCUUGGGCGCAAGGCAGCUCGAGCUAUCAAAUGGCGCUCCGAUGUCCGGGAUGCGUAAAUGCUGACUGCGCACACCAAAAACAGUUUUUCUUAGCAUGA